AUGGGAGCAAGUUGUUCACAAGAUUCCGGGGAUUCCCAACGAAACCAGAAGCAGCAGCUUGCAAAUAGCCGAGGUCGACAAACAUAUGACUCUCAAACAAUUCGACCCUCAGUAAACCCUCGAAUUACUAUAGAAUCCACUAGAGGACCAUCUGAAACUGUGAGCUCUCAUUUCUCACGAAGAACUACUAACAGGUCCAGACUUUCCACUCUAAACGAUUCUUAUUCCUUUGAGUACGCCCAGCAGGUGUUACUAGACGCAUAUAAAGGGAAUUUAGAUAUUGUCAACAAGCAUAUAAAAGAGGGAUUUGCAGUAGAUUUUCCACUUAACCAGUCAGGGUGAACUUUAGCUCAUAUUGCAGCUCAGAUGAAAAAUCUUGAGAUGCUUGAGACACUUAUUAAAUACAAAUGUGAUCUUGAUAUUCAAGAGAUAGGAGAAGGGUGGACACCAAUUAUGGUGGCUGCUAUCAAUAACUCUAUUGAGAUUGCAAAGAUGCUUAUUAAAUAUAAUGCUGAUCUUUCAAUCAAGGAUAACAGCCAAAUGACCGCUAUUCAGUUAGCAGAAAAAUACAGGAGUAGAGAAGUAUAUGAAGUGCUUGUGGGAGGCGUAAGAAAUCGAUAG